UGAGUAGAAGAAGAAAAAGAAGCAGCAAGGGGCAGGCAGCUGGUGACAGCCGAAGUGUACCGUUCCCCCACCCUCCUCAGCACUCUGUUAACUGGAUCAAACGGAGAAAUUGCCGGACAGCUCGAUGGAAAUACAAUAGUAACGUUUGCUGAUAGUCGGCGAUUACAUUUUAUAACUUUGAGCGGAUAGGACUAGCGUUUGUAGGCGAGUCCAAGUAGUGUUAUCGUUGCUGCUUGUGGCAAACUGAGUUAACACUGUUGCUUCGAGCUUUUAGCAUAGGUAACGUUACCGUUAGCUGUCUAGCAAGCAAAAGCUAAAUAACUUCAGUGUUUACGGUCCCAUCGGAUUGCCAGCUUCGACAGUCUGCCAGGUUAUCGCCAAAGCCGUCAGGUUGUCGGCUACUCGGUAAAGAUGGGUGACAUAAACCCAUCGACAUCCCAUGCAUUUCAGUCGGAGGGUUUCAGUCCGCCGUACAGGAGGAGGAGGACAGUGGAGGAUUUUAACAAGUUUUGCACUUUUGUUCUGGCAUAUGCCGGUUACAUCCCAUACCCUCAAGAGGACUCUCCACUGCGCAGUAGCUCAAGCCCCCCGAACAGUACAGGCAGCACAGCCGACAGUGAUGGCUGGACCCCAGGACCAGCAUCUUCCUGCCCCCAACGCCCCCUGAAGGGCCCCCAGGAUAGGAGCAGGAAGCGUCCACAGCCAGGAUCCAUUCUGUCCAGCCACGCCAAGAAAGAUCACACAAUCACUACCCUGCAUCCAGAUGAUCGCAGGAAAGCUGACAAGCUGAAGAAGAAGAAGAGGAGGAAGGAGAGGGAGCAUCAGUCUGUUGAAGAACGUGGGGCUCACUUAGCAGUCCCAGAGCUGCAGUGCCCGCUUUCCUUUGGCGGCCGAACAAUCAAAGAAGAGCCAGAAGAUGACAUCAGCAUUCCCCUCCACCCCCAGUGCGUGCCUAGCCCGUCCCCUUGCAAAGAGGAACCCAAGGAAGAGCGUCGAUACUGGGACGGACGAGACCUUGAGGAAGGGGUGGUAAAGAUACAGAAGGUGGAGGGCUUUUCAGGAAACAGAACGGUGUUCCGCCAGGGAAAGCAGGUGGUGUUCCGAGACGAAGAUGGCUCAGGGGAGGAUGAGGAUAUAAUGGUAGACUCUGAUGAUGACUCGUGGGACCUGGUGACAUGUUUCUGCAUGAAGCCUUUCGCGGGACGCGCCAUGAUCGAAUGUAACAAGUGCAACACCUGGAUCCACCUGUCAUGCGCUAAGAUCCGCAAGAGUCACGUGCCAGAGACAUACGUGUGCCAAAGCUGCCGAGAGACACACGGACCUCCAGACACUCGACGUUCCCACCGCUCGCGUGUAGGCCCACGCAAACACAUGCUGGACUGACCCCAGGCCACAUCCUGAACUCUGACCCGUACCGCUCCUACUUUAACCCUCUACUGGACUGGCCCCUCCUCCUCAGAUUCAGGUCUUGCACCCUUCAGUCUCUCUCCUUCAAGGUUCAACCAUGAACCCAUAUUUUCUACAAACAUUUUAGUGGACCUAUCCCGAGCCCUUAUCCCAUUUGAGAACAAUUUGAGUGCUAUUUUAGAUUUACUAAGGUUUGUUUCUGCUUCCUACAGACUCUGCGCGUAAGGCAAUCACUGAAUGGAUGUCUGUCUGUAGAUGACAUUAGCAUAGCAACAAACCGCUACUUUUGGGGCUUGGUGUCUCGUGAACACUGGAAGCAUUUUGAACUGCCAUAUUGAGAGAAUUCUCACAACUGCCACCCACUAUGGUGCAUGCUGGGAUUUGUGGGAAAAAUGGUUUGCACUUUAAAAAAAAAAAAAAUCCACCUAACCUUUCUUUCAGAGACGGGUGUGUCUUUCUGAUCUGGUUAAACUGGAUUUAAUUUCUCUAUGAUGCCUCUAUUGAUGUUACAUAAUUAACCAUUUAAAACAGGAAAACAAGUUGAGGCUGGUGUCAAUUGCUUCAGAUGGUGCUAUAGUAUUAAGCUGAGGUAUAAUCGAAUAGAACAAAGAUGUAGGAUAAGAGGCUAGAGUCUGCAUCUGCAUCAUCAGUUUGUUGUUCUGCUUUUCUUGUUUAAGACAUUUUCAAGAAUAUCAUUGAGGCCAUUAGCUCAUACAGCUGAACCAAGAUCUUGUCUUCCAGACACUGGUAUUCCUCUGAAUCAACACGUUACUCAGCCAUACACAGAAGCUUUCACACUUUGUUUCUCAACGUGUUUAAACAGUGUUCUUCGCUGACCACAUUUGUUCCUAAUAAAGAAAUUGUUAUAUAACA